AUGUCUUUAUCCCACCACUCAGACGAAGAAACACCCCUCCUCGCCGAUCCCAUAACUUCACCAUCCUCUUCCCAAGACCAUCCUGCAUCUGCAGAAGCAUCAAUCAUCCCAAAUGAACCAAGCACCAAGCGCUUAGCCAUAACCCUCGGAGCCAUCUGGGUAGGCGUCUUCCUAGGAGCUCUCGACUCCACCAUCAUCGCCACCCUUUCCGCCAGCAUCUCCACCUCCUUCCAAUCCCUCUCUCUCCUCUCCUGGCUCGCAUCCGCCUACCUCAUCGCAAACGCCGCAUGCCAACCUCUGUCCGGUCGUCUCACCGAUAUAUUCAGUCGUCGCACCGGCCUCAUUGUCAGCAACAUACUUUUCGCAGCCGGUAACCUGAUAUGCGGGCUGGCAGAUAGCGAAUGGAUGAUGAUAUUUGGACGAGUGGUGGCGGGGUGCGGAGGUGGUGGCUUAAUGGCUAUUAGUACUUUUGUGGGAAGUGAUUUGGUUCCGCUUAGGAAGAGGGGGGUGGUGCAGGGCAUUGGGAAUAUAUGUUAUGGGACGGGUGCGGGACUUGGCGGGGUUUUUGGGGGUUGGAUUAAUGAUACUUGGGGGUGGAGAAUGGCUUUUUUGGCCCAGGUUCCUUUUAUUAUCGUUUCCGGAAUCUUGGUAGCGUGGCUCGUCAAUAUCCCUCCUAAGAAAAGCGAGAGGUCGAAAUUAUCACGGGUGGAUUUCAUGGGUUCAUUCGCUUUGAUCCUCACGCUCAUCCUUCUUCUCCUGGGCUUAAAUUCCGGUGGAAAUAUCGUUCCCUGGAACCACCCCCUCGUCUAUGUUUCCCUUCCGCUCUCCCUCGCCUCCCUCCUCGGAUUCAUAUACAUCGAACUCUACCUUGCCUCCGAACCCAUCAUCCCCGUCCGUCUCCUCGCAAACCGCACCGUCGUCGCCGCUUGCCUCACCAACUGGUUCGUCACAAUGGUAAUCUUCAUGAUUCUCUUCUACGUCCCCCUAUACUACCAAGUCCGAGGUGAAUCCACCACUGCCGCCGGUAUGCGUCUCAUUCCCCAAUCCAUCGGAGCCUCCAUCGGCUCUCUCGGCUCGGGAAUCAUCAUGAAUCGCACGGGCAAAUAUAAAUCCAUAAGUCUCAUCACACUCACCAUGCUCGUUAUCGGAACCGCUCUACUCUCAACUUUAAAUUCAAAUAGUCCAGAUUGGCCCAUAUAUAUCUACCUAACCCUAACCGGUAUCGGCUACGGCGCCACUCUCACCACCACCCUCCUAGCCAUCAUCUCAGCAGUCUCCCAUGAUCACCACUCCGUCAUCACAUCAGCCUCCUACGCUUUCCGCUCGACCGGUAGCACCAUAGGUAUCACGAUUGCAAGCGCGGUGUAUCAGAAUAUACUAAAAUCAGAUCUAUGGGAGAAAUUCGGAGAUCAACCGGAUGCGGAAAAUGUGAUUGGUAAAAUUCGGAACUCGUUUGAUGAAUUGGAUAGGCUUCCUGUUGGGUGGAGAGAGGGCGUUGUAGAAUGUUAUAUGCAUGCUUUUAGGGGGGUUUUCUUGACGGCGGUGGGGUUGGCGUUGUUGAUGGCGGCGGCGGGGGCUUGUAUGAGGCAGAAUGUUUUGCAUAGUCGUUUGGAUAGGUCUUAG